CUUGCCAUGCCCGAACCAUAUUCGCUACACCCCCUGCUGAAAUAGCGAUGAAUGAUUCUAUUCAUUGAAGCUGAGUAGAUCUGCGCGUCGCUGCUGUGAGUCUUUCCAUCAUCAUGAUCAUACAUGUACCACCGGGCACCAGCUUUUCCACCCCACAUAAUCAUUCCCAGCAGCGGAUGUGGAUCAGUUGGGCUUGAAAGACGUAACGCCUUUAGUCUGUACGGUGCCAAACACUCUUGGUACAAGUGGCCGUGGGGUCUCCAUUCCGAAAAAUCCUGUCUCUAGUCUAGAGCUCCGCUCUGACUCCGUAGUCGUCCAAACUAGUAGUACCGAGUUGCCCAUUUCCUUUCACAGUCGUGCUAGUGCCGUAGCGGACACAGCCGAGUGCACCGGGUCGUGUUCCGCCCCUGCUGGUUUUGCUCGUUCCGCACUUGUGUCGUUGUGACACUCGACUCGCCAGGUGGAGUUAGCCACUAUUAGCGUCAAUUCAACUAUUAAAAUAAUUUUAUCAAUAGCAUAGAGAUUGUUACAAGGAAAGGAUUUGUAGUCUAUUCCGACGCAAUGGAUCUCGUCCUGGACUUCAUGGAUCCGCACUUGUUCACUCCAUAUGUGUAUCCGGAGAGCUGGCCAGAGAAUUACUGGCCAAGACAGUUGCUUAGUUUGUUUGCAAUCGCAUUGAUUGGUGGACUAGCACUAUACCUAGGCACGGCUGCACUUGCUUAUCACUUUCUGUUCGACAAACGUGUUAUGGAUCAUCCGCUAUUCUUACGCAAUCAGAUACGACUGGAGAUUGCGACCAGUAUGAUGUCCGCGCCGCUAAUGGUUCUCCCCACCGCUCUGAUGUUUUUGCUGGAAGUACGUGGCCUAAGUCGGCUGUACGAUGGCUUUCCCUCGGGCCCGUCUAUGGUGCUCACUCUUGGACGGGAUCUUUUCGGCUUUCUGUUCUUCACGGAUAUGAUGAUCUAUUGGAUUCACCGCCUGCUGCAUCACCGGCUUGUUUACAAAUACCUGCACAAGCUGCACCACAAGUGGAAGAUACCAACGCCGUUCGCCAGCCAUGCAUUCCACCCGGUGGAUGGUUUCCUGCAGAGCCUGCCGUAUCACCUCUAUCCGUUCCUGUUUCCGCUCAACAAGGUCGUCUACUUGACGUUCUUUGUGUUUGUCAACAUGUGGACAGUGUCAAUUCACGAUGGAUACUACUCCGUACCGGACAACCUGAAAUACUUCGUAAACGGUUCAGCACACCAUACUGAUCACCACCUCUACUAUGAUUACAAUUACGGCCAAUACUUUACACUCUGGGAUCGACUGUGCUCGUCCUUCAAGGAUCCGUCGGCGUUUAAUGGCCGGUCUCUAGUCGUGGAGGCAGAAAACAAGAAAAAAUAGAAGGAAUCAAUGUUGAGAGCUUGGUGCCCAUUUGUUUCGUUUGUACAAUCAACGCAUUCUCCGAGGGCCCACUGUCAAAGUCCCUAUCACUAUCAAACCAGUAUCGUUAUCAAAGCCAAUGGCUGCUAUAUGGCUUGUCGGGAUGGAAUUGCUGGCUCCCAUAAAUACUAUGAUCCCGUCGGGUCUCGACCAAACUCUGGAAUCAAUUUAUUAGUCAGUUCUUUUGCACUGGCGUUGACGCUGUUUUUACUAAGCACAAUGUGCACUAUGCUGCAACUUCUAGCAAUGUCUGCCAGCAUCCUUCGAGGUGAGCUGCUGCAAUAAUGCUAGGUGCAAGACUAGCUGUUAUGUCUGGUUGGCUGCGUAUCUCGUAUUGUCCAGUAUUUUACUAGGUUCGGCUACAACCCACAUUCUGCUUACUUCCUUUAUCCUACCUGUGCUGUUGCUGCUGCUACUGCUACCAGGCUAAUGGCUGAGUAAUGCCAUUGCUGCUGAUGCUACUUCUAUGCGCAAGAGAUCUUGACCAUUGGUUAGAAAUAUUAAUUACACUUGA